GAGUGGCUCUGGGAGUAGGGAGGUGGUUGUAGUUUCCAUGGAGACUCCUAAUGUCAUCCUAAUGUAAUGAAAGUGCCAAAGAAGGGAUCUCAGAGGAGAAGAGAAGAGAGACUUGGAAAGAACAAGAUUCUCUGAAGGGGUCAGAAAGGGUCUUCAGCCUGGGGCUCAGGCUCACAGUGUGAGAGGCCCCAAAGUGGUGAUGUCAUUUGCCAGCUCUCAGGUUAUCAGAAUGCCUCCCUCUUCCUCUAGGGUCACUCUUUCCCUACAGAGCUCCAGUUGUGAUCCUUUCCCUUCAGGGUGCCCGCCCCAAGCCCAGCCCUUUCCCCAGGGCCUGACAGCUUCAGAAAUUGGGAGGAAGAGGACAGAAGAAGGGAGUAAGGCUAGAAUGUUUCCAGAAUCGGGCCUGAAGGAGGGAGGAGCAUUUCCUUACCUGAGGGCGUCUUCCUCUCCCCUUGUUUGCUCUGAGAUAGCCAGUCUCGCUCCUGCCCAGCACGAGGAGGCCGCCCUGCGGGCACAGCUUUCCCUCCCCCAGACCCAGAUACGCAGACGGACCAACAGACAACAGACGGCAGGACGCGGCCAUGGCCUGGCUCCCGGGGCCUCUCCUCUGCCGGGCCCUGCUGGGCUUCGUCUGCAUGAGUGCCCCCGGGGCAGCCGUGGAGGUGAAGGUGCCCGCCGAGCCCCUGAGCGCGCCGGUGGGCCACACGGCCGAGCUGACCUGCAGCUACAGCACGUCGGUGGGAGACAACUUCGCCCUGGAGUGGAGCUUUGUGCAGCCUGGGAAGCCCAUCUCUGUGUCCCAUCCCAUCCUGUAUUUCACCAAUGGCCAUCUGUAUCCAACUGGUUCUAAGGCAGAGCGGGCCAGCCUACUUCAGGACCCCCCUACAGCCGGGGUGGCCACCCUGAAACUGACUGAUGUUCACCCCUCGGAUACUGGCACCUACCUCUGCCUUGUUAACAACCCGCCAGAUUUCUACACCAAUGGGUUGGGGCUCAUCAACCUUACUGUGCUGGUGCCCCCCAGUCGCCCCUCGUGCAGCCAGAGUGGUCAAACCUCUGUGGGGGGCUCUGCUGCACUGAGAUGCAGCUCUUCUGAGGGAGCCCCCAGGCCAGUGUACAACUGGGUGCACCUUGGAUCUUCUCCUACGCCUUCUCCUGGCAGCAUGGUGCAAGAUGAGGUGUCUGGCCAGCUCCUUCUCACCAAUCUCUCCCUGACCUCCUCUGGCACCUACCGCUGUGUGGCCACCAACCAGAUGGGCAGUGCAUCCUGUGAGCUGACCCUCUCUGUGACUGACCCUUCCAAAGGCCGCGUGGCUGGGGCUGUGAUUGGAGUGCUCCUGGGUGUGCUGUUCCUGUCGAUCGCUGCAUUCUGCCUCAUAAGGUUCCAGAAAGAGAGGAGGAAGAGGCCCAAGGAGACAUAUCAGGGUAGUGACCUUAGGGAGGAUGCCAUCGCUCCUGGGAUUUCUGAGCAAACUUCUCUGAGGGCCGAUUCUAGCAGUGGGCUCCCAGAGAGGCGCCCCUCUGCCAGCACUGUAACGACCACCAAGUCCAAGUUCCCUAUGGCUGUCUGAUUUCUCUCUCGAUCCCUGAGGAGGGAUAUCAAGAAUUAAAGCCUGUGGGUACCAUA